GAAUUCUUAACGGAAAAAGAGAAGAUCUCUCUCCAUCUCCAGUUGUACUCAGGCCAUGGGUUCUCAGUUGGAGGAGAGAUUCCACUUGGAAGAAGGGUUUCUAGAGAAUCAAAAUAGAGGAUUGUACACAGGAGAUGGAUCAGUUGAUAUCAAUGGAAAUCGAAUCCUAAAAACAAACACUGGAAACUGGAAAGCAUGCCCCUUCAUCUUAGGUACCGAAUGCUCUGAGCGGUUGGCCUACUAUGGUAUUGCUAAAAAUCUUGUUACUUAUCUCACCCACAAACUACAUGAGGGAAAUGUCUCUGCUGCCAGAAAUGUUAACACUUGGCAAGGCACUUGCUAUAUCACACCCCUCAUUGGAGCCUUUUUGGCUGAUGCUUAUUGGGGAAGAUACUGGACAGUUGCAGUUUUCUCCACAAUUUACUUCAUUGGAAUGAGUACAUUGACUCUGUCAGCAUCAGUUUUCAAGCCUCCUGAUUGUGUGGGGUUUGUUUGCCCACCUGCAACUCCAGCUGAGCAGGCCAUAUUCUUUUUUGGUCUCUAUCUGAUUGCGCUGGGCACUGGUGGGAUAAAGCCUUGUGUUUCAUCAUUUGGAGCAGAUCAAUUUGAUGAUACUGAUCCAGUCGAAAGAUUAAAGAAAGGAUCUUUCUUCAAUUGGUUUUAUUUUUCUAUCAACAUUGGUUCUCUCAUAUCAAGUAGUUUCAUUGUGUGGAUUCAAGACAAUGCGGGCUGGGGUCUGGGAUUUGGCAUUCCCACAUUGUUUAUGGCCAUUGCAAUUGCAAGUUUCUUUUUGGGCACUCCCCUUUAUAGAUUCCAGAAACCUGGAGGGAGUCCUUUAGUGAGAAUGUGCCAGGUCUUAGUCUCAUCUUUACGUAAGUGGAAUUUGGAGGUCCCUUGUGACAGUAGUCUCCUGUAUGAGUUACCAGACAAAAGCUCUGCUAUUGAAGGGAGUCGGAAACUUGAGCAUAGUGAUAAACUGAAGUUCCUUGAUAAAGCUGCUGUGCUGUCGGACAGAAACGUUAACAGUGAGGACUUCUCCAAUCCAUGGAGGCUCUGCACGGUUACACAAGUGGAGGAGCUGAAGCUACUGAUAGGCAUAAUUCCUAUCUGGGCCACUAGCAUAGUCUUCUCCACUGUUUACGCUCAGAUGUCCACCAUGUUUGUGGAACAAGGGAUGGUUAUGGAUAGAACUCUUGGUUCCUUUACCAUUCCUGCUGCGUCUCUUUCAACUUCAGAUGUUAUCAGUGUCAUCAUAUGGGUCCCCAUCUAUGAAAAAUUCCUUGUCCCAAUCGCAAGAAAGUUCACAGGCAAGGAGAGAGGCUUCUCUGAAUUGCAACGGAUGGGUAUUGGCCUCUUCUUGUCAAUAUUAGCCAUGACAGCAGCUGCUAUGGUUGAGCAUAAGAGGUUGGAGGUUGCCAUAGCAUUUGAUUUGGUUGAUCAUAGGGUUACGGUACCUGUCAGUAUCUUCUGGCAAAUACCUCAAUAUUUCUUGGUGGGGGCAGCGGAAGUCUUUACCUUCAUAGGACAGCUCGAGUUCUUCUAUGAUCAAUCACCCGAUGCCAUGCGGAGUUUAUGUAGUGCAUUGUCACUUCUGACGACUGCAUUGGGGAAUUACCUAAGCUCCCUAAUUUUGACCAUUGUGACAACUGUAACAACUAGAGAUGGAAAGCCAGGAUGGAUACCUGAUAACUUAAAUGAGGGGCAUCUUGAUUAUUAUUUCUGGCUGUUGGCUUGUCUUAGCUUUUUUAACCUUCUACUUUAUGUAUUUUGUGCUUCAAGAUAUAAAUCCAAGAAAGCCUCUUAGUGGUUUACUUUUCCAGGAUUCUGGAGAUCAAUCUGAAAAUAUUUCUAAAGCAUGCCCUAAUGAAUAAAGUGUAUAUAGUCUUUAUCAGUUUCAACUUCCAUCCAGCUGAAAUGUGUAUUUAUUAUUCUUUGACUUAUGGCCUAAGUAUGUGAUUUCCUGAUUUUGUUUGU